GAUUAUUGAUCCUGAAGUCGAUAGUAAAGAAGAUGGAAGUCAAACUAAAAAAGGUAAAAGGGGAAUGAUUACUAAUAGGACACUUGAAAAUAAAGCGAUGCAAAUGAGAAAUAGAAUCAUACCUAUGAAAUCCUUUGGAAAAAGG